GAUCGCCCGGACAUUUUCGCCUCUUUGUUUUACUGAUAGUGGAUUUAACUCGGAUUGAACCCAGUAUCCUGCGGACUCUUCAGCUCCCGAACAGGUGCAUGAGGGGCGGUCCGUGAUGACGAGUUAGCCCCUCCCCCUUUCUGGACUCGAGAGCUGAUUGGCCCCCUGCUCACCGCAACCAUGGCGGCCACCGGGAACCCCGACAUGUUGACGCGGAAGAUCAAGUUGUGGGAUAUUAACGCCCACAUCACGUGUCGCCUGUGUGAGGGCUACCUGAUAGACGCCACCACCGUCACCGAGUGUCUCCACACCUUCUGCAGGAGUUGUCUGGUGAAGUAUCUGGAGGAGAACAACACGUGUCCCACAUGCAGGAUUGUCAUUCACCAGAGCCAUCCACUGCAGUAUAUAGGUCAUGAUCGGACCAUGCAGGAUAUUGUCUAUAAGCUGGUUCCAGGUCUCCAGGAAGCUGAGCUUAAGAACCAGCGUGAGUUCUAUGAGAAGUUGGGCAUGGAGGUACCAGGAGACCUGAAGGGAGAACUCAACAACCUGAAGCCCCUACUGGACACACAACGCAACGGUGAGGUCAAGGCAGAGGAGACGGCCCAAAAGGGCGACCAGGAGAAGACGGAGGAGGACAACGAUUACCACCGCAGUGACGAGCAGGUGAGUAUCUGUCUGGAGUGUAACAGUAGUAAGCUGAGGGGUCUAAAGAGGAAGUGGAUUCGCUGCUCCGCUCAGGCCACCGUCCUCCAUCUGAAGAAGUUCAUCGCCAAAAAACUCAACCUGACGUCCUUCAACGAGCUGGACAUCUUAUGCAAUGAGGAGAUUCUGGGGAAGGAUCACACACUCAAGUUCGUGGUGGUCACGAGAUGGAGAUUCAAGCAGAAGUCUCCGUUGCUUCUGCAUUACCGGCCCAAGAUGGAUCUGCUGUAGGGAGCCAGUUGAGACGCCACACCACCAGACUCCUGCAGCAGACACACACACACACACACGGACAGACAGACAGACACGCCAGUCUCAAGGAGUAUUUAUGCAGAGACGAUCAACACACACACACACACACACACACACACACACACACACACACACACACACACACACACACACACACACACACACACACACACACACACACACACACUGACUCCACACAUACACAUGACUUCGGGAGCACAUACAUGCAGAGAAACACACACACACACACACACACACACACACACACACACACACACACACACACACACACACACACACACACACACACACACACACACACACACACACACACACAGCCUCAGGAACAGCCCUAGCCGUCCUGCGGCCUCUGUGAAGCGAGGAUGAGGAGGAGGAAGAGGAGGAGGACUUUCAGACGUUGUAAACUUUAUAUUUAUACUUUUGUACAGAAUAGACCCACGCUACCGAGCCUGACCACACUAUG